AUGUCGGCUUCAGGUUACACCACCGCUGCUCAGCCGCUCAUCCACGACCUCGAGGAGUCUAUCCUCGACCUCUCCGUCGAGAAGAUACGACCCAGCUUUCUAGCAGCUGAGUACGGCGUCGACCCAUCUGCUCAUCUCGACACUCAUGCAGUGUUGUAUUUGCUAACUGCAGAUGGGAACUCGAUAGAGCUGAAUAUGGGCUCCCCUUCCGCGCUUACCGACAUGGGAAGGAUGAUAAUCGGUCAAAGAACCUUUAGGAGGCAUCGGCAUUGCUUUAAGCAUUGGAGUCUCGUUGUCCGUCCGGGUCUGACGGUUCGUGAUAUUCUUCGGGCCAUUCAAGAAGAACGACGACAUAUUUACCAGUUUCAUCGUAGUGGUCUUGGGUGCCGAUACUGGGUGCGAACGGUGAUUAAUGACUUUCGAGAACACGGCUUCUUUUAUUUGACGCAGAAUCGCCCUUUGCGCAGAUUUAUGAAGGGUGUGGGGUACUCAUAUCCUCGUGGCCAGGCGCCGGAGAAAUCCCCUAUUGUGAGAGGGAGAUUUCUGUAG